CUGGUGAAUUAAAGUUGCAUAAAUUUACAAAGGAGUUGACAAUUUCCAUCUGCUGUUUUAGAUAUCGAGUAAGAUCGUGGACGGAAGAAAGAUUGCAUUAAAUUAUUCUCUGCAUGAAGUGACACAACGGAACAUAAACAUAUUCAUAGAAAUAAAAAACACAUUAUCGUUGUGAUAUGUAUGAUAAGUAAUUCUCUCCUAAUGAAUAAUUUAAGUAAACCAGAAAUCCCCAACACAGAGGAUAAGGUAUAUAAUUGUAAUAUCCGUGGUAAAUCCUUCCUUCAGUAUCGUUACUUAACUUAUCACCAACGUACACAUACAGGAGAGAAGCCAUAUCACUGUGAUAUCUGUGGUAAAUCAUUCUCUUAUAAUUGUCAUUUGGUUACUCACAAACGCGUUCACACGGGAGAGAGACCCUAUUAUUGUGAUAUCUGUGGUAAAUCAUUCUGUGAAAGUACGGUUUUGACGAAAUAUAAGAAGAUUCAUACUGGUGAAAAACCAUAUCAGUGUGAUAUCUGUGGUAAAUCAUACUCUCGUAAUAGUCAAUUGGUUAGUCACAAUCGCACUCAUACAGGAGAAAAACCAUAUCAGUGUGAUAUCUGUGGUAAAUCAUUCUCUUGUACAAGUUAUUUGGUUACUCACAAUCGCAUUCAUACAGGAGAGAAAACUUAUCAUUGUGGUAUCUGUGGUAAAUCAUUCUCUCAAAGCAAUAUCUUGACUAAUCACAAGCCUACACAUACUGGAGAAAAAUCAUAUCACUGUGAUAUCUGUGGUAAAUCAUUCUCUGAAAAUAACCACUUAGCUAUUCACAUACGUAUUCAUACAGGGGACAAACCAUAUCACUGUGAUAUCUGUGGCAAAUCAUUCAGUCAGGCAGUUUACUUGACCAGACACAAGCGUAUUCAUACAGGGGAGAAACCAUAUCCCUGUGAUAUCUGUGGUAAAUCAUUCUCUUAUGACUUUACCUUAACUAUACAUAAACGUAUUCAUACAGGAGAGAAACGGUAUCACUGUGAUAUCUGUGGUAAAUCAUUCUCUGAUGGCAGUAGCUUAACCAAUCACAAACGUGUUCAUACAGGAGAGAAACCAUAUUCUUGUGAUAUCUGUGGCAAAUCAUUCUCUGUUGGCAGUAACUUAACUCGACACAAUCGUAUUCAUACAGGGGAAAAACCAUACCACUGUGAUAUCUGUGGAAGAUCAUUCUCUGAAAGCAGCAGCUUAACUAAACACAAGCGUAUUCAUACAGGGGAGAAACCAUAUCGCUGUGAUAUUUGUAGUAAAUCAUUCUCUCAGAACAGUGGCUUAACUCGACACAAACGUAUUCAUACACGGUAGAAACCAUAUACCUGUGAUAUCUGUGGUAAGAUGUUCUCUGGAAACAGUCACUUAACUAUACACAAAUGCAUUCACACUCAAGAAAAAUCAAUUCACAGUGAUAUCUGUGGCAAAUCAUUUACACAAAAUCAUUUCUGAUUUAAACAAGUCUUUCCUUAUGAAGUGGGUCCAUAACACAGUGAUAUUUGUUGUAUAACAUUUCCUCAGAAGGACAAAGGACAUAUCUUAUAAAGACAUCCACAGAAUAUAGAAACUAUAUGAAUGUGACAUCUAUGGUAAAUCUUUGACAUGAAAUCAUCCAUUAUUGAAUCAAAAGAGCAUUGACAGAGGAAGGAAAACCUAUCACUGUGAUGUUAAACCUGAAUCAUUCUUUCAAAAUGGUGAAUUGUUUGUACACAGUUCUAUUAAUAUGAAAGAUAUAACUGUAACCUAAGCUAUUUGUGCUAAAUCAAUCUAUGAAAAUGGAUCAAUUAUUGAAAUGUAAAUGCAUUCAUACAGAAGAGGAACCACGAUGAUGAUGAUCCUCAUCAUUUAACAUUCUCCUAUUCAUGCUUCUAUGGAUCAGAUGGAAUUCAUUGAUGGAGAUUUUCUACAUAUGGGUACCUUUCUUGUGACCAAUCUUCACCUGUUUCCAAGCAAGGAAAUAUUUUCCCUGGUGAGACAUAUUUUACACAGAAGACUGGAAGUGAACAACUGCACAAGUAUGACGGUCAUGAUGGCCCUUUACGAACAUCACAUAAUAUCUGGACAUGGGUACAUACACAGACACAUACACACACACUCACAUAAACUAUUGUAUGUCUCAAGAAUUUCUUAUAGGAAAUAUCUUACAUGUUUUCUACACAUGUAAAAUAUUUUGAUUCCUAUUAGGAAAUGAAACA